AUGACACGUCUGCAGACAGCGGCAUUCACGGCAGUUGUGGAUUUGAUCCUCUCAGCUGAACCCCUCAAUCCCGCCGUAUGCUCAUGCUCAAUCAACACCUUGAGCCUAACUAUUCGUUCGAAUACGCUACAUCAUCUUCACAAUAGCAGUCCUCAGCUUCGACACCCCACCUCAUCUCCGACGCCAUUGCGUCAGACCAGUAGAUUCAGCCAGCCCACGGUGCGUGCCUGUGUAGCGGCCCGCGAGAAGAGGGAGGAAAAAGCAAUUCUUCGUUUCCUUUCUCCCCCAGGUCCGACAUGGACCGUGGACCAGACCCCCCGCAGAUCACAACGGUUCCUGAACCUUGUCCGAACCCUUUCCCUUCUGGUCGUGCAACUGGCUCAAUUGGCCUCUCUGAUUUGCUUCGAAAUCGGCGCUCCAUGCACAAAGUCAUCGGGGUUAAGCAAGAAGCAUGGGUUCCCUCCAGACGAAUUUUACUGUUACGGCGGAAUACCUGGUCCAAUACCUGUAGGUACUGCGUCAACCCCCCUUACUAAUAGGACGGCUGCUUUCUGCUACUGCAAGGUGCCGUGGCAGCUACGACGUCCGGGUUUCCCAUUAUCGACAAGCCGGGCCAAAGAGGAACGACAGGUGUUUGGGAUGGACAGGUCCUUGGGAAGAGUACAACCUGCCGGCGAGCGCCCACGGCUCCAAUUAGACGGCGCAACUCUCGGUCAACUUGUGAGGGCGCAUGGUGAACCCCGCUCCUCUCGGCCAGCAAUCCCACAGUCCGCCCCCAUCCCACUCUUCCUAUUCCCCUCCCGCAACCCGGCCGCUGUAUCCAGACCAAACUCGCAAAACCCCCAUCCCAGAGCUGCAACCUGGGAUCCGAUCCCUCCAGCAACCGCGUCCAAAUGUCACCCUACCAGUACCAAGUCUGCGAAGUCCCUCGCCUGGCCGCUUCUAAGCGUUCUGCUGCUGCUAGGGCUGGUCAUGGACCCCCAAAUCAACGACCUAGAGAGGUCGGGAAACCUGACUCUCCAGAGAAGCAUGGGUUGGGCGACGUCGCGGCGGCGACAAACUCCCGACGACGGUUGA